AUGCCGCUCAUGAUGCGCUCCAAAAAUCCCAACUUUGCCAACGCAGAUUCGGCAGGCAAACUUUCAAAGUCAACAGAUGGCCGAUCGAGCCAGUCAGAUGAAGAUGAGCGAGAAAUAGAGCCUCCCCUAGAAUUGGUUCCAGGAAAACUAGGCAAGUAUUUGAUUCAUGAGUCAAUGGGAAAGAAAAUUAAUAUGCAGAACACCGACUCACUCAAACCUCAUGAAAAGGAAGAAUUGGAAGUUGUUACUAAGCAUCUACAACAGCUUCAAAAUUAUCUAAAGUUACCAAUCGGAAAGUCUAGCGAAGAUGAAAUUGGAAAACUCGAAAGUCUCGUUGAACCUCUGUUCCAAAAAGAAAAUCACUCUUCCCAUCAUGGAAGUUGGAGAAAUCCAAUGUCUAUGGUGAAAGGAGCGACCAGAAAGUUAUCAUCGAAGCGACAAGACGGUGCGGUUUCUGGGACUGGUAUAAAUGAAAUUAUGAAAACGGAUUUGAUUCCGUUAUGGCGAGAUCUACAAGCAAAAUUCAUCAAGAUAAAAUGCAGAGACCCAAAGGAAGAUUCGGCGCUCAAGUUGAAAUUUCUAAGAUCACUGCUCGUUUUAGGAGAUUACAUUCACAAAAAUGAAUUGCUACCUCAGAGGGAAAUCAAAAAGAUCAAAAUCUUUGAGCCAACAACUGCCAUCAAGUUGUUCCAGUUUCAUACUGAGCUUUUAAUUUUCAGCGAAGGCAAGGAUCUCUUUGGAAGCCCCGAGUGGGUGACCCCUCAGAUGGACCUGUUGUUGAGCAACCCUUCCUUCGGACCGUUCCACAGAUCCCUUGCAGACUCUGAGAAGCAUAAUAUCAAAUCGCGAAUCUCUGGUGCCAGAAGGCAAUAG